GCCGGUAUUUUGACAAUUUCCGAUGCAAUCAAGCUAUUCUUGUUCAUGAUACGAGUCUAACUUGAAUAUUCAUUAAUUCAUUUGUUGGUUGGCAUCUGGUUAUGAUGGUGGUUUGGUUUUAUUUGAAUCACAAUAAAAGUUGCAUGCAAAACAGCAACAGAGGGCUUAUGAAUGAUUAAAUGCUCAAUUUACAGCUCUGGAAGUCAAGGCUCUAUGAAGUGGAAACAUGGGCAACAUGAUGGCUUCUUUGUGCAAUUUGAGUCGCCUUCCCUGCGAAGACUAUGGUUCAUUCCAAGUUCUUAUGAAAAGGGGCAAACAUUGUGCAGGGAUCCUGAGUGUCUGGACAUUAGUGCUCAUGAAGUGCUCCUGCGCUUGUUCAAGCAAAAGCUCUCCAAUUCGUAGCUCAUUUGAAGAAAGCCCUUAGCACAGUGGCAAACUAGAAGGGAGGUUCAUCUAUUUAAGAAAAAAACAGACAAUUCCAAGUGCCUAUAUCUUGCUCUGAGUUUGGAUACAAGUUCCUUGGAUGUCGGGAAAACUUGCAACAAGGUGCUUUCUAAUUCAUAGCAUUCAUGUCCUCAGUUUUGAAACCAAGGAACUUUUCAGGCCCCCCUUUUUUUUUUUUUUUUGUGAAUCUUUGUUUUUCUUUGAUUCAGCAAUUUAAUAGCUUUUGCCUUGUGGCUGAUAUUUGUCUUAUAUUGUGUGUUGGAAUUGGAGCUAGUUGGUUUUAGGUAUGCAGUUUAAUGUCGCAACUCUUUAGAAAAGCUCUAGGAAAUGACGAUUGUGGUCUGUCAUCAUAAUUUAUGCCCAAUUUUUUAUUUACAGCCUGUUCAUUCAUUGGGGCUUGUUUUCUAAUUUAGUAAUUCAUAGCAAUCAUGUCCUCAGUUGAGUGUUGAUUAUAGGGAAGAUUUUAUAUUG